AUGGCUGCUUCCGUCAUGUCGCGGUCUGCUUCUUGCCGCUCCUUGUUCUCCAGAAGCCCUUCCAUCUGCAUACGGGAAUCAGGGCAUAUGUAUCGGCUGCGUGAUGCUUCCCGACGGAAGUUGCCAGCAUUGGCAGCCCUUGCCCGAUUCUAUGCCUCCAAAUGCAAGUAG